AGGUCUUUCACAUGUAGUUGAAUGAAGGGGAUGGAGCAUUCUAUGGACCAAAGAUAGAUAUCAGUGUAUCUGAUGCGUUGAGUAUAAAAUUCCAGUGUGCAACUCUACAGCAUGACUUACAGCUUCCUGAUCGUUAAGUUGGAAUUCUCGAUUGAGGAUGAAGCCAAAAUUGAGAGUUGUUGGAUACUCAUUGGGAGUCUUUUGUUUAUGUUCGGCGAACAAUCCGGACUCUCGUUCAAGCUUCUAUUUGGAACACGUCUAGUGCUGGUGCCUGGUCUUGACGCAUAUGUAUUGUCUCGCUCAAAAAUUACUUGGCUCUGGACCUUCUUUUUUGCCCAUGACUGUAAACCAAACACAAAGAGGAAGUGACAGUAAGAUUCUUGAUGAGCCGUGCUCAUCGGAUGGCGUGCAUGAAGUUGAAUUGCUUAUACCAUUUUUGAGUAAUAGUUCUAUUGAAGCAUACAGCCAAAAAGAUGUUUCUGGUAUUCUUUCCUUUAGUGGUACAGUAUGUUCUUUUGCGUACCUGAAUUCAAAAGAGCCAAUUUCACAAGCUGUUACUGAUUUGAAGGGAGAUAUCAUUACGAGCCUGCAAAGUAUAUUGGAUAUAAUCUGUGAUGAGACAGAUGUUGAUUCAUAUAAUCAUCAUGAUGUUGGAAGGCAAAUAAGUGAUGAUGAUGUAUCAGUUGAAAAACCUUUUUCUCAACUUGUGCUGCAUUUAUUGAGAAAAGAAUGCAACCUUCCAUUUCCUAGAAGAGUUUUUGCACCAUGGUUAGCGGGGACAUAUGUGUGCGAUUACUUGCAGCCUUCUGAGACAGUUGAGGUUUUAAAAGAUCACUGUAUGGAGUUGUUAUCCAUGGAAGCUCCAACCGAGGUCUCUACAAUUUUGGAGCCAGAAAAAAAAGUCAUAUCAUUCAAAACUAAAUCUUUCUGGGAUGUAGCAAUACCCUCUUAUUCAGAAACUCACCUCGUGGAGGACAAGUUGAAACUUGAUGGCAGAGGAGAGAGUUCUAGUAAUAAAUCGGCGAAGUCAGGUCAAAUUAGUGUUGUAGCUGCUGGUCUCAUCAUUCUACUAUCUAAAGCAAUACCCUUAAGCGGUGAUGGCUUUAUCUCUGCAUAAAUUCUCUCAUCUCUCCAACACGAAUGCACAAUUCACGUAGUUUCCAAAACUGCAUAACUUUUAUACUUUCAAACUUUACAGCAGCCGGUUUGGAAUUUGUUUUUGAAGGAAUGAGGAAGAUCCUUGCCUGGUAUCAACAGC